UUUACUGCCUUAUCACGUUCUUAAUGUUAGACCUUUUAAACACAAUCUCAGCAAUGACGGAAUACAAAGCGCUUACAGUUAUUGUCUUUACAGUUGUCGUAUGUGAAAUAACAAGGACUCGAGCUGUACAACAAUCAUGUGUUGAUGAUCCACGUCUCACGUGUGAUAAGUCUGCUUGUAACACCAACUUAAAAAUGUUUUGCAAGGCUACUUGUAAACUAUGUUCUGACUGUCAAACGGGAUGGAUAAAGUUACAUAACUCGUGUUACUUAUUUAGCACAGAUAGAUUAAAUUGGGAUGAGGCAUCGAAAUACUGUCAAGCUCAUCAGGCUAAUCUUGUUAAAGUUGAUAAUGCAGAGGAACAAAAGUUUAUAAUGACACAUGCAAGUCCUUUGGGUAGAAAUUUUUGGAUGGGAGGUUCCGAUGAACAAGCUGAAGGAAGCUGGAUAUGGUCAGCAGACGGCAGUGGAUUAGUUUAUACUAAUUGGUACCCGAACGAGCCCAAUAAUUCUGACGAUAGUGGCGAGAAUUGUUUAGAGUUAUCUGCCCUUUAUCAUUGGCAUUGGAAUGAUGCUAAUUGUAAAAAGGUUUUAUUCCAAUUCAUUUGUGAAAAAGGUGCUGUAGGACUCAAACCUAUUAUUGGAUAAAGUUACCAAGAAGAGGGAGAAAGAAUUUAUGUUCAAGUUAUUCAGUUAGAUACAGUUUAGAUUGUCGUCUGAUAAUUUUUUUAAAUUAAAAUAACAAAAAUACCGAUCUUUGAAUUUAUAUUUAUGAGCUUCAAAAUUU